CUAAAAGCCGCAUUGAUUGCAAGUGUUUCACCAUAGGAGCAGGCGAAAAAGGAUCGGAAGCCGUCUUCUUCUCCACGAGCCGUCGCCAUGGGUCGUAUGCACAGUCGAGGUAAGGGUAUUUCAGCUUCGGCACUGCCUUACAAGAGGACGCCACCGAGUUGGUUGAAGAUCUCUUCCCAGGAUGUUGCCGAGAACAUUUGCAAAUUUGCCAAGAAGGGUUUGACACCAUCUCAAAUUGGUGUUAUUCUUCGUGAUUCGCACGGGAUUGCUCAGGUGAAAAGUGUAACUGGGAGCAAGAUUUUGCGCAUAUUGAAGGCUCAUGGGCUAGCUCCUGAAAUCCCGGAGGAUCUUUACCAUCUCAUCAAGAAAGCUGUUUCAAUCAGAAAGCAUUUGGAGAGAAACAGGAAGGACAAGGAUUCCAAGUUCAGGUUAAUUUUAGUGGAGAGCAGGAUCCAUCGCCUGGCCCGGUAUUACAAGAAGACAAAGAAGCUCCCCCCUGUUUGGAAGUAUGAAUCCACAACGGCCAGCACCCUGGUGGCUUAGAAGGCAGUUUGAGAAGCAAGGAGUUAUUUUGGCAAUGUAACUUUCCUUUAAGUUCUAAGUUCUUUAUAUGUUAUCAUCAAGUACUCACUUUGGAGGAAUCAUUCAAGUUUUGUUGUUACUUUAAAUGCAAAUUUGAAUUCUGCAAUUCUUUUGUCAA